ACUGCAGUCAUUAUACUCUAUACUUUUACAUUCUGUUUUCCAAAAUCAACACUACCAUUGAAGAAUAUCGCAACAAAUACAUUAAUUUUGAAACCAUAGAAGCCGUUUUUCUGAUUGUCUUAAUCCUUAUAAAAAUGUGGAAAGUUGUGAAUCCUAGUUUCUACGAUUUCACAGAUCACCCAUUUGGGGGCUUAUCUCUAAACCCUAGGCAAUACCAAGAUGCCCUCGACGAAGCGAUCUACGGCUCCGAUGAGUUCCGCAUGUAUGCGUACAAGAUCAAACGGUGCAUAAGAACCCGCAGUCACGACUGGACCGACUGUCCCUACGCCCACGAAGGCGAGAAAGCUCAGCGCCGGGACCCACGCAAGGUGCCCUACUGUGCUAUCGCUUGCCCCACGUUUCGAAACGGAAAGUGCCCGAGAGGCGACACGUGUGAGUUCGCUCACGGCGUUUUCGAAUACUGGCUCCACCCGGCUCGAUACCGUACACGUGCAUGCAAUGCGGGGCGGUUUUGUCAACGGAAGGUCUGUUUCUUUGCGCACACCCGUAAUCAACUCCGCCCCGAGGCCAAACACAAGCGCCAUUUUGCUUUCAAGGCAAAAAUCAAUGGUAGAGAUCGUUUCAUGGGAUUCGGUCGAGGAAAGCAUACCACCUCAGCUUCUAUCGUUGAGUCGUCAGGUUCUCCGUCAACGGCGAAGACUGGGGACAAAUGCUGUUUUGAAGAGAUUUCGGAAAUUUUGAAGAGUUUGAGGGGAUUGAAGAUUAGUGAGGAAGAAGGGAAGAGUACUAGUCGAGGAGUUGGAAUUGAAGUUUCGGAUUUUCCGAAUAUUGAAUGGAUUUCAGACUUAGUGCGGUAAAAUUCAAGUGUAUAAUUAUGUUUUGGGAUAAGAUUAUUACACAUAUGCGCUUCAAUUCGGUGCCGUUUAAAGUGUAAAGAUUUAUUGUUAAAGAUGAGUACUGUUUGGAUGGAGGGUCUUUAAUUUUUGUUUUUAAAUUCAUGUAACAUUUUCUGCCGAAAUGCUUGAAGAAAGUUCAUUGCAUGAGUACUUUCUUUUUCCAUGUAA